AGUUUUUGGUAUUUUUUACAUUGAAUCAUUAGGAAAAAGACCCCAAAAUUUCAACUUUCCACUCACUUUAGUUUUUGAGUGAAAAAAUUGUUUGUAGAGUAUUACUUUACAAAACAUCAUUAUUUUCAAAAAAUCGUAACUCCAUUAAUAAUAACUCAAUCGCUUUGAGUUUUUGGUAUUUUUUACAUUGAAUCAUUAAGAAAAAGUCCCCAAAAUUUCAACUUUCCACUCACUUUAGUUUUUGAGUGAAAAAAUUGUUUGUAGAGUAUUACUUCACAAAACAUCAUUAUUUUCAAAAAAUCGUAACUCCAUUAAUAAUAACUCAAUCGCUUUGAGUUUUUGGUAUUUUUCACAUUGAAUCAUUAAGAAAAAGUCCCCAAAAUUUCUACUUUCCACUCACUCUAGUUUUUGAGUGAAAAAAUUGUUUGUAGAGUAUUACUUUACAAAACAUCAUUAUUUUCAAAAAAUCGUAACUCCAUUAAUAAUAACUCAAUCGCUUUGAGUUUUUGGUAUUUUUUACAUUGAAUCAUUAGGAAAAAGUCCCCAAAAUUUCAACUUUCCACUCAGUUUGGUUUUUGAGUGAAAAAAUUGUUUGUAGAGUAUUACUUCACAAAACAUCAUUAUUUUCAAAAAAUCGUAACUCCAUUAAUAAUAACUCAAUCGCUUCGAGUUUUUGGUAUUUUUCACAUUGAAUCAUUAAGAAAAAGUCCCCAAAAUUUCAACUUUCCACUCACUUUAGUUUUUGAGUGAAAAAAUUGUUUGUAGAGUAUUACUUUACAAAACAUCAUUAUUUUCAAAAAAUCGUAACUCCAUUAAUAAUAACUCAAUCGCUUUGAGUUUUUGGUAUUUUUUACAUUGAAUCAUUAAGAAAAAGUCCCCAAAAUUUCUACUUUCCACUCACUCUAGUUUUUGAGUGAAAAAAUUGUUUGUAGAGUAUUACUUUACAAAACAUCAUUAUUUUCAAAAAAUCGUAACUCCAUUAAUAAUAACUCAAUCGCUUUGAGUUUUUGGUAUUUUUUACAUUGAAUUAUUAGGAAAAAGUCCCCAAAAUUUCAACUUUUCACUCACUUUCUUGUAUUUAAUUGAAAUUGAAUUCAAAAAUUUCAAAAUUCCCGCCUUCCGGUGUUUCACCGGUUUGCCUUGUCAAAUCGUAAACUUCAAAAAUCCUUGCUUUUGCCUGUGAUUCCCAUAAAGUUCUCCUCCUGUUAAAUUACAGUUUUCAACACUUAUUUUGGUGUUUUCAUUAUUAAAAGGAGGAUUUUUAGUGUUUUUUUCAUUAUUUGCAGUGCGAGGAAGUCGUCUAAAGUAUGUUUAUAUGUGGUAGGUAAGUGUUUUCCAAUUUAUUCUAUUACAAAGUUGUCAGAUUGUUUUAAUUGAACCUGGAAUCAAGUAAAUUUGAGUCCAAAACGCACUCAAGUUUGCAUACAAGUUAUUUUAAUUGAAAUAAUUGGAAUAAUCCUCAAAUUUUGUCUGUGAAUCCCAGGAGGCCAUGCCUUGUCAAAUCGUAAAUUCUAAAAAUCCCUGGUACUUUUGGAUGAUUUCCAUAAAGUCCUCGUGUUAAAUUAUACCCAUAAUUAGUGUUUUUUAAUAUUGAAAAGUGUUCCAAAAGGACCUUUAGUGUAUCUUUAAGUGUUUUUCCAUCAUUUAUAAUACGAGGAAUUCAUUUACAGUUUAUGUUUUCAAGUGCAACAACAAUGUCCGAAACCGAAGAAAAAGUGUCCUUCGAGGAACCCGCCUCCGGCAAUUUCCUGACAUCAAUUCUCUUGGAAAUUUUCCAAAGUCCCAUAAACUUGGCCCUUCUAGGGCUGAUUGGGGUUCUGAUUUAUCGGAUAUUGAAGAGCCGCCAGGACGAGAACCAGCUCGGUGGGGAACCUGAAGAAAAGCCGCUGCCUAAAUUGAAAAAGCAAGAUUUCACUGUGGGUGAUUUGAAGAAGUUUGAUGGUACCCAGGAGGAUGGACGAGUACUGAUUGCUGUCAAUGGGAAGGUGUAUGAUGUUACUAAAGGGAAAAGGUUCUAUGGGCCAGGAGGUCCUUAUGCUGCUUUCGCCGGUCGAGACGCCUCUAGGGGCCUUGCAACCUUUAACGUAACCCCAGGAGGUGACGAAUACGAUGAUCUAAGUGACCUCAGCACCAUGGAAAUGGACUCAGUCAAAGAAUGGGAGUCACAAUUUAACGAAAAGUACGAUUACGUAGGGCGAUUGCUGAAACCAGGCGAGGAACCUAAUAACUAUUCCGAUGAGGAAGACGAGUCCAAUGCUGAGAAAUCCAAAGACGACUAAAGUAAUUAAGUUUCAAAAAUCCAAAAAAUUUCAAAGGCUGAUUUCGUGCGGUAACAAAAACAAGCAGAUUUACCAUAAUUAUUAUUGUGUAUAAUAAGAGGAAAAUUUUAAUUAUUAUAUUGUUGGUUUAUAUGUAUUUUAUAAUUAAAUACAAGUUUUCUACUUGUAAGGGAUAUAUUAUAAGGCUUGUUCCAACACGGUCAAAAACUGUUCCAGUUUCCUGCUGUUUUGGAACAAACCUAUUAAUGGGGCACUUAUUUUUUCAUAACUUUUAAGGGCUUUUAGAUUCUAUUUUCUACAUUUGUACUUGUGCAUAAAUAGUUUGUGUCCACUUUUAAUUAAAACCAAAAAACUCGUGUUUAAUUUCUCAGGGAAUCGUUAAUUUGACUAUUCACAAUACAAAGGUAAAGGUAAAUUUAUCACCUAUCCCUAUCAAAUAGCACUGAGAGGUGAUACAUUUUACCUUUACCUUUGGAUUAAGGAUUGUGAAUAGAUAAUGUAUUUUUGUAAAAUUCUUCUUGCCUUGUAUAUAGUUUUUUCGUUUUGUAAUAAGGGUGGACCGUUUUGUUGAAUAAUUAUGCUUGUUGUGCGCUCUAUAAUAAAACAAAACAUUGUACUUUAA